AUGAAGAUAAUUUUGAUAGCAUUUUAUCUUUUGGCUUUAGCUAGUUCACUUUCGACUGUACCACUUAAAUCUAUGUAUCAAUGUUCUUGUGUAAAUGCAAUGGUUUAGACAGAUUGUUUAGGUGAGUAUUGUGUAUGGGAUUCUAAUACAAGCAAAUGCUCAAAUAGAGAUUGCACAGUAUUUCUAAAAGAUGAUUGCGAAGGUGUUCCUGAUACUUUUAAUUGUAUUUGGAAUUCCACUUCAAAUAAAUGUGAAAGCUUCAAAAAAUGUUCGGAUUACACUUUCACAUUAGGGAACUCACAAAACUGUAACGAGAAAUUGAUAAAAUGUGAACCUGAUCUUGAUUCUAUUGAUUCCAAAGCUGGAACGAUAAAGUGUAAAGAUAGUACAUAAGAUGCUUUUCUAAGUAUUGAUAAUUGUAAUUAUCUUCCAUAUGAUGCAUGUUAUUGGUUUGUAACUCCAAAUGGAUAAUAAUGUCUGUAAAAUAAAACCACAGAAAAAUGCGAACCUAAAACAAUUACAAAAUGUUCUGAUUAUACAUCAGAUAAUUGUAAUUUAUUAGCUUGUUAUUGGAAUGGUACUAUUUGUACUGAAUUGACAUGUUCUAUCAUACCAGAAGAUGAAUGUUAUUGGUUCUAUUCUGUUGAUCUUAAAUCGGUGAAUUUCUGUAGUUUGAAUGGAAGUAGUUGUGUUGAUUUAGAUGUCUCAGCUUUGUCAUAAACACAAUGCUUAGAAUCCACAUUUUUCACUUAUGCAUGGAAUACAGACUCAAAAAAAUGUGAAAUAUGUGUAACUGAUUCAGAUUCAAACUCAAAUAUGAUUCUAUAUGGAUCCAUCCUCUUGGCCAUGAUAUUAUUAUAAUGA